AUGGAACGGCGGAGCCGCCUCUCUCUAAAGGCCGUAGCCGCCUUGCCGCCGGCCGAGUCGCCCGCCGAGCCGCUGCCCGCCUCUCCUCCUGCCGCCGCUGCCGCCGCCACGCUUCUCAACCUCGGACAGAGCUGCUUUCUUAACGCGGUCCUGCAGGCGGUUCGCAGCGUGGCGGGGCUCCGUGGUGAUCUCGAGCGGGCGCUCGCUGAGGGCGCCACCCGCGGCGGCGUCACCGACAGCCUCGCCGCGCUUCUCUCCGCCAUGGCCACCGCCGAAGCCGAGCGCGGCGCGCCUUCCUCGGCGCCGCUCUCUCCCGCCGUGCUGCUCCAGCGCCUGCGCGCUCGCCACUCGGCGCUGCGGCCGGUCAACGUCCAGCACUGCGCGCUCGAGACUCUGAGCUGCCUCUUUGCGUCGCUCGAGGCCGAGAUGGGCCGCCCGCCGGCCGGGUGGGGGGAGGGGCUGCUGUGCCACGCUACACGCUGCCUGACAUGCGACAACCAGCUCGCCGCUACGCUGCGCGGGGCGGACAAGUACGCGUGCGGCGAGUGCUGCGCGCUCUGCGACGCGAACCGGACCACCAGCCACGUGCGGGCGGCCCGGGAGGGCGGCGUGGCGGAGGAGGGCGGGGUGGCGGAGGAGGGCGGCGUGGCGGGCGGGCAAGCGGGCCGAGGGUUCGCCUCGUACGAGCUCGUGUCGCUGAUUGUUCACCGCGGGGCCUCCGGCAGGGGGCACUACGCCGACGCUUCUCCUCUACGCGCCGGUGCUGCCCAUGUGGACGGCUGGACACUCUUCGACGACGAGACUGCGGAACAGCUCUCAGAGGCGGAGGUGCGCGCCCGCCUCGGCUGCGGCGAUGCGCCGUCCAUCCUGUUCUACUGCCGGCGCGAUGAUUGGAUCAGCGCACGGUGA